GGGCAGGUUUUGACGUGCCUGCGAUGUCGCAGGGGACGAUGGCGAAAAACGCGCGCUUUUCUUCGAAAGUUCUGAAACAAAAAAAUGGACCUUCCCAAGGCGAGCGACGAGUCAUGUACGGCGAUCACAUGUCGGAGGUGUCGGUGCGGUCUCAGCACGGUCGGUCGUUCACGUCUAUCAAGGUCUUUGAUGACAAUGACGAGUAUAAAAAAGGAGCCUACCUCUGCUCUCUUGCCAAAAAGUGUGGUCUUACCCUUAACUCGGGUAGAAAGCACAACACCUUGAGUGCUGACUCGACCACAUUCAGCAAGGAUUUCACUCAAAGUUUGAAAGAUCAUGCUGAAUACCCUCAGGUUGUUACAGAAGUCCUGAAGGAAAUAAAGGAGUAUUUGGAUAACCAAGACAGGCUGCAAAAGGCGCUCACCGUGACUUACCAGAAUUCCGAUGACAACAGCGGCACUCUGAAAAACCGAGACAGUGUGUAUCGUCUUCUUCUUCGUGUGGAACCACUUCAGUGGGGUCUGACUGAACAGCUGUUGGAAAAAAUGGUGGAAGUAGCUGUUACUGAUGAGUCACCAGCAAACACCUUCCACGUCCAAGUGCUCAACCAGUUCAAAUGGCUCGAUGGUCUGGCAGGCACCAAGGCGUUCAUGAACAAAGUUUUUGAUGAAGUCCUCCCUGUGAUACCAUUGCACGUGCGUAAAGACCUUGUGCUUGCUCUGCCGCACAUACUGGAGGACUCUGAACACCUAGCUGCGGCUCGAAAACUUGGUGAGCUCUUUACUGAUGACAAGGAGCUUGGUCCUACUGUACUCGAAGCCCUCAGUAACCUCUACGUGGAACCGGAAGUGAUAUCUGAGGUCCGAACUCGUGUGUUGACUGUGCUGAAGUCAUUAAAGCUCAGCCAGCUGCCCCCGACUGUCAAAUUUGUGCUUUCCAACUGCACGGCGCUGGAAGCUCCACAGGUAGUAUAUGAGCUGCGAGCCAACCUCGAACUCCGUCACCUUCUGCCAGUCACGUCUACGCCAACGACUUUCAGUGCUGAAGAAGACGAGGAGCUUCAAAUACUUACUGAAAUUUCUAAUGCUGUCCAGUCGCGCAGGUUUCUUCGUGAUGCUUGGUUGAAGAUCAUUGAGAACGUCAAGGUCGCUGCAGAGCACAAGACUUUGGACAUCCUGUUUCUCGUCAUGCUGCACAAGUUCUUACCGAAACCUGAAGCCAAGUCUGUUGAAAGUCUGCUUCGCAAGAAAGUGCGCAGCGGUCACUUCACGGGGAGCCUACUUGACCGGACAUUUGACUCACACCCACAGGUGAUGAAAGUGUACAGCCGCACAAUGAUGCACCUGGCUCAGGUGCUGCUCUGGUGUCCGGAACCGCAGGUGCUGAAGUUUGGAGAGCGCAUGUACCAGCGCAUGUUCGUCUGCUACGAAGGCACCACCAGAGAGGAAGUGGUGCUGAACCUCGUCACCCAUUUCGGAAGCGGUGUCACCUCUCAAAUGGAUGCUGCCUUUGAUUGUGCCUUGGAUCUUGUUCGUCAGCACACGAUCCUCAUGGCCCCAUAUGGUGGCUUCUUCAAGAGCACGCUGGAUAUACUGCGGAACCUCUCACUGUGCCAAAUUCGCACACUUUUCCUGAUCAUUGCUCUCAUAGCCUAUCGCGGAGGCCGACAGGGUGAAACAUAUCAGGACGAGUUGCACAUGGUAAUACGCAAGAUGGUGAUGAAAUCUUGCCCCCAGAUUGUGCAGCAGGCAUUUUUGGCACUUUCAUCGAGUGUGAAAAGUUGCGAGUUUCUGUCAUUAGUUGUUGCUAAACCAUCUUUUUCUCUGCUAAACAAAACAAUAGGGUUAACAAGUUUGCCCCGUAUGUGUUGGAGGCAUUUGAGCGUGUUAGCCUGGUGGAUAGGUUCUCUUAAUGUCAGAUAUUCUCUUACACUUCACGAGAAAUAUUUGCCAACGCAUGCCUCUUCCAGAUCCAAGAGGAUCGGUGUUGUUGCAGCGCUGAUGACAGUCAAAGCCAUGGCCUCAACCAAGGGAACCAGGACGAGUGAAUCGCUUCAGUUGUCUGCAUCCACUUCGUCGAGCCACGCUACUCCUGAGGAACUGGUCCGAUCCGCAGUCGAACUCCUCGAGCUCGUGAGGGCAUCAACGGCCUGCUGGCCUCAGGCUAUGUCCCUUUUUUAUGAUGAGCUCAGCCGGAUCGUUGUUCGUGGAGAACUGGGGCAGAGCAUUGAGACCUGGAUCAGUGACACCAUUAUCACAGACUUUCAGGACGAUUACAUUGUUGACAUUAUACAAGGGGAACUGGAGCAAACCGAACCAGUCCGAAAUGAGUUGUGCUAUGGUUUGGACAACCUGCCUGAAGGAGCAAUUGCCCUCAAUUUGCUUCCUUUGCUUCUUAGUGAGAAGGCACAGCAGCAGCAGCUCAAGCCGAAAAGCAAACACCGUUCUCUGCUUACCCUGUGCUCCUUGUUUCGUCUGCUGCGCAUUGCGGAGCAGACGACCAGUGGCGAGGCACUAGAUGGCAUAGACGCCCUGCUCGGAUGUCCGGUGAAGAUGCCCGCUUCUGAUGUGCGCAGUUCGUUUCACACACUUUCCAUCGAGCAGCGAGAAACUGUUGUCUCCGCAUCCUUCUAUUGUGUCAACUGGUUUCGAGAGCUCGUCAACGGGUUCUGUGCUCUGCGGGACGAGCAGACUAGAGCGAAGAUGGUGGACCGAAUUCGCCGAAUUGUUGAGCUGCAAAAGUGCCUCGAGAAGUGGCUACAAGGUGUGCCCGGCUAUCUGCCUCCACUGGCUGUGUUUGACAUCGAUGAUGCGGAUACCAAGCCUCCUGUUGUUAACUACCCAGUGGGGAAGAAGAAGCGCAAGGGAAAGGCAACUGGAAAGGGCAAAAAGCGAAAGCUUUUCUCUGACGAAGAUUCGGGUGAUGAGGCUGGGCCGUCGGCCAGAACAGCUUCACCUCCAGAUCUUGACGAAGACGGUGCCGAAAGUGGCAACGAGGAUGAAGAAGCAGAUGAGCCGGAAGUGACUGCAAUGGGUUCGCUGUCCGCAUCUUGGCGACCCUUCCUGCGUGAACUCGACUUUGACGUCUUCGACAUUCUCAAUGUCGGGCUGGUCACCGGUGGCAGUGAGUCAUCGCCUUCAAAGCUUACGACGACUGAGCUUCUAUUUGUGCUCGGAGAGCUAGCCGCCAAGCUGGACUGGGCUCUACCCUCCAGUGGACCAAAGCGUGCAUUUCCGUUCAAGGCCAAGGUGCCACGUGAUGUUGGCUUCUCCAACUUGGCUCUCAGUCCCAAGCCCGACGUGGUCAAGUUCAUGGUCAGUGUGGUUCCGCACCUGUGCUCCCUCCUGGAGGACGUCAGCGGGUACUUUCAGGACUUGAUAUCUCAAAAUGACGGCGUUGUCGAUGCAGCGUCUAUGUUUACAAAUAUAGCUAAGGAGACGGCGUCUUGCAUGACUCUGCUACUGACCUGCCUGAAUGCUUUCUUUUCAUGGAAUGGUUUUGAGACAAGUGACAACCGAGACCAGCUGUGUGAGGCAUUUCGUUCCAUAUCCGAUCGCAUUGGAACAACACAGUUGACACAGGCCUACGUCAUGGCUCUGGGAAAGCGGGCCUUCUCAUAUUUUGCCAAGUUUGCCGAGUCUGUGACAGACCCAGCGGGAGCAACAGCCCUCCUGCGCCUUCUGGGAACAGUCGCCGACCGUGCUCAGAUGUACUCGCUGGAGCAGCGUGGCAUCCGUGAGGUCGCCGAGGGCUUCCUUCGGCGCAACUGGCUCUGUCGUGUUGGCACAUCAAAUGUGCCGCAGAGGCCACAGGGAACACACUUCAACGAGUGCCUUCAGGUCAUGCUCAGAUGCGUUGGCAUCUACAGGCAACAGCAUUCAUAG